AUGCGCCCCAUCCGCACGUUCUGCGAGCCGGAGGCUAUGACUUCAUUCUAUGCUGAAUUGUUCGAUCUUGCAUCGCUAGAUGAAGAAGGAUCUGGCGCUCCAACAUGCGGCACAUGUUGGCUGGUGUCCCUGUCAAUUGGCGAAAAUCACAGCCACGAGUACCCAUCCGACUAUUGGUGGCCUGACAGCCCGAUGGUGGAGUCCAAUCUUCUGUUGCACUCGAUGGCGAAUGAUUAUGACUCGGCGUACCACGCCAUCGUACCGACGCCAUCCCCGGAGGAGGUAGAUCCAGAUACCAAACCCAAGGCACCUGCAAAACAUGAGGCACUUGCGGAGGAGGUAUUUUAUCACACUGACUACUUCUUAAAAAGCGAUCAGGAUUGCAGCGUUUUGCCUAUAUACACACCCUCUGAACCGCGGACGAUUGAAGACUGCAGACGGCGUGCCCGGUGCGCCCGAUCCUCACGACAAGCAACCACGAAGCUACGCCGGUAUUCCACCUGCCAGACGACAAGCCUUGGUAUAUGUGGCGCACCGAUACAGCAGUGCUUUGAAGUUCCCAGUACUUCAACGGUAAGGCUGUGUUCUUGGCCAACUACCUCCGACACUGGCAAGGAUCGCCGCCUCCGCACUAUAUUCAUCGUUUGUUGA